CGACAACUAUGGGAUUUGUUGCCGAAUUUUUUGAGCACAGCCACCGAUUUUGAACAAAUUUUCCCAACACUGGCUCCAAUUAUGGGUAAAACGCUGCACGAAGAGAAAGAUCUUCGACUGGAUGUAAUGCGUCGAUUUGCAUAUAGUUUUCUUCGCGAACUGUUUAGUUUAUAUACUGUUUCGAAUGCAACGAUGGAGGAAGUGGAAGGUACCACUGGCAACAGUCUGCGGACUUUACGUUGUUCCAUUCUGGAAACAGUUCGUUUGUACAUGGAUUUGACGCCAUGCGAUGUGGUUGAUAACUUUACGAAUUUAGCCGUUGAAAAACUGCAAAUCGAAACAAUGCCGUUAGAUCAAAAGAUUCGUGUACUGGAUUUGACAGCAGCACUGGUGAGCAGUGCAUCUGUUUCUGGAUUGAAUACGAUAUUUUCAAUUGUACAUCCAUGGUUUUUGUCCACUGAAAUGGCUUUCCAGAAAAAAGCUUUUCGAAUUUUUAAUGAAAUUUUCAAGCGUCUAAAUGACAAAUCGGUCACGGAAUUUUUCACUUCUUACGGCGAUGAAAUCAGUAACAUUCUGGAACAAGAUAUGUCUAGUGUUGCGAAGAGUGCCCGAGCUGCCUUCAUUUCUGCUUAUAAAAGCAAAUUGAAUUCACUUUCUUCACUGAAAUCAAUCGAGAAAUUUGCGGAGGCUUAUCUUGUAAAAAUUAUCCUGUGUUUCGAUAAAUCAAACAAUGUUCGGACUCGUACCGGUGCUCUGGGUUGCUUUGUACAGCUAUGUCAACGGAUGAUUCAAUGUGGAUCCGAUAAAAAACUUUGA